GUUCGUCUCUAAGAACUUCGAGGUGGGACUACUUCUCAAUUCGCGCUACUGGUUGGUGGCCGUCAUAUCUUGCUGCACGACCUACGCGUACCUCAUGUGGAUUGUGUAUUUCGUGUCCCAGGCGCAGUCCAACGGGUUCACUUUGGAGGAGGCGGGGUCUUUCGUGACCAUCGCGGGCAUUGCGAACCUGUUUGGUACAAUCAGUCAGGGACUGAUCACCGACCGCGGAGUGAUGUCCUCGUGGACUCUGGUUGCCGUUUGCCUCGUUAUGAGUUCCGUCUCGUACCUUGCCUCCUCUUUGCUGACUUCUUAUUGGGCAAUGAUGACGUCAGCGGUGCUGAUUUUGUUCAUCGAGGGGGUCUUGUCCUGCCAGACGGAUGUUCUCGUCAAGCAGGUUCUUGGUGUCGAGCUAUUGGCGGGUGCUUUUGGCUGGAUCGGGCUAAAGGUGACGUUAUUAUUAGUCGCUUUGGGAUUUCUGCCUGGUUUGGUUUACGACUUGACCGGAAGUUACACCGCAGCCUUUCUACUGAUAGGCAGCGUGCAGGCUGUACCACUGGUGCCUUUGCUGAUGCUAAGAUAUUCUCAACGGUAGAACCUCGGAGAGUUUCUUGCAUUGGAGGGUUUCAUAAUUGACUGUGAGUCGAUCGGAGUUGAAACAGAAGCAUAAGGACAUAAUGUACAUUGAACAAGUGUGUUUUGAUCAAUUAAAGAUUAGUUGCACGCA